GACGAGAGUGAUGGAGCUACUUCCAUUCCAUAACGAAGAAGCUCAACCUCCCAAAUCCGAACUUGAGAGCCGCUGUGGAACUCAGGUCUCCAAUGUGUAGAGGUAGCCUGAUUGGUGGGUAACAACAAUUACUCGUGGUAGCUCCCAUUGCAGCAGGUCUCAACUGCAUGUUGGGUUCUUUCCUAAGAAAACAAGAUGGCUGCGUCUGCCUCCCUUAAAGAUCUAUCUAAGGCUAUUACUGCCUUCGUUCAGUCGCCGCAACUACCACUUCCAGACGACCUCAACGAGGUUAUCACAGCCUACCUCGAAAAGCACGACAGACUCGACGACUCUGCUUCCGAGCGCCUGAACAACGAGCUGAUAUCGAUAUAUCAAAAAUAUGUGGCCGACCGUCCCAAAAAAUAUGCCGCCUUUCUUGUCCUCCUGCGGCCCUUGAGGCCGGCGAUACGUACGUCAGCGAGAGUGGUGCAAUGGUGGGAUCGGCUCAUAGAGCCGGUUCUAGAGACUAUGAGCCAUGAGAGAGGCUUAGCUAAGGAGGCCCUCAUCAACAUUCAUCAGCUCUUGGCCUUUGAAGAGGAGGAAUUUGCCAGCUCAAACGACGGUGGGCCGAAUGUGUUUGUUGAUCGUCUCCUGAGGAGAUGGAUGCAGCUACACGAGAUGGCUCAGCUCGGCGGCAACUCUCUGAUUGAGUUGAACGAGACCGUGGUUCGAGAGGCAUUGACUGCAUUUGGCAAGAAAGAUCCAAAGAGUUUCAUGACGGCGUUAGAUGGCUUCUUCGUCAAGAGAGAGUACCGUAACCGCUCGCUGCAUUUGCUAUGCCAGUUCAUCCAGAGCGAACCCCCUCACCUCCAUCUGAUUCUCCAGACCCCGCUCUUUGGAACCCUUCUGCAGUCUCUCCAGCAUGAUGACUCUACGUCAACAGUCUCCCUCGCCCUAGCCAGUCUCAGUCUCCUGUUACCCAACAUGCCUAGUUCCCUCGUCCCAUUCCUCCCAACACUGUUCAACAUCUAUGCCCGUCUCCUCUUCUGGGAUCGGGACAGGUCAUUUGCCCAGGAACACACCGGGUGGGGGCCAGAGAGCCCACCUCCCACUGGAGUUGGUGUAGUUUGGGAAAAGUCCUUCUUCGAUCACGAUUUGGAUGGCAACUCGAUCCCCUACCUUUCACAGUACUUCACCAUCCUUUACGGAUUAUAUCCGAUCAACUUUGUCGAUUAUAUCAGGAAACCACAGAGAUACCUGCGCCAUGCGAACAAUGAUGAUGACAUUGAUGUGCAGGCGACGGAGAUACGGGACCGGUCGGAGCGAUUCAGGCAGCGCCAUACCCUGCAUCCCAACUUCUACAGCUUAACAAUAGAGUCCGAGAAGACGGAUCUCAGCCGGUGGAUCAAGAGCGAGGCUGCGGAGGUAGUCGUCGAAUGCAUGGCUCUUUGCACGGACUGGGAUGCCAGUACAGAUCCCCACCACAAUGCCACCCCGGAUCCAGGAUUCGCCAGUCCGUUGCCGAAUGAGGCGGCUGACAAGGACAGUCUGGACCCUCCCUUACUGAGCAGAUCAGUCGGGGAAGCACCUUCGGCGGACGAUUCUCAGUCGGGCCAUCUGCGACGAAAUAUUUCGGGUGUAGGAUCGUCAAUCGGCGGAAGAAUAGGCAGUUCGGACGUUAUGCGCAGAAGCUCCCAAUCUAGCCACCUGUCAACAGGAGAAUCUGUGGAGAACAGGCCCCGUGAGAUAGGAAGUGACAGCCCUACUCUUCCUCCGCAAUUGGCCACCUCGUCGUCGAACACACAGUUGCAGGACAUGAUGCACUCGAAUAAGGUUAUCAAGUCUGGACUUCAUCAAUCGCAUGCCAAUGAUAGUGUCGUGUCAUUGGCCUUGAGUCACCAAGAUGCCAACCCGGAAAGGCAAUUUUUACAACUGCAAUCCCUUUCGCAGCCUGUGAACUCGCCGGAUUUGCUUGAGAUGAGAAGCCAGGUGGCACUGCUCCACCGUCAGAAUCUCAUCUUGCAGAUCGAUCUCAACUUCGAGCGUUACAUGAAGCAGCAGCACAUCGGUUACGUUGGAGAGCUGCGUCGGAGACAGGUUCGGGAGGCUGCAACCGAAGCCGAGACCCAAAACCUGAUCAUGGUGAACCGAAACAUGAAGCACCGGCUGGAAGAGGCCAAGAAGGCCGAGUUGCAGGUCAAGAAGGAGUCGGACAUUCGCCGAAAGAUGAGCAGUAAGUGGGAGGCGGAUCUAACGGCCAAGUUGAAGACACUUCGGGAAGAGCAGAAGAGGUGGAUAGCCGAGCAGUCGGUUCUGAAGCACGACUUGGAAGGCGCUCGUGACGAAUGCGAAAGUCUACGGAAGCUCAUCCUAGACGCCGAAGAAGCUAGGCUGAAGUCGAAACAGGACUCCGAGGCUAUGGAUAUAACCGCCGAGGAGCUUGCGAGGCUGCGGGCUGAGAUAGCACGAUUGUCAACCUCCGAACGCCGAUAUCAAGGCAAGGAGGCGCAGAUGCAAAGUGCAAUCCAAGAAGGCACCGAGGCAGAUGCCAGAGCGGAGAUGCUCUCGAUCAAACUGGCGACACAGGAGAACCAAUUGAAGCAGGCCAAGGACGCUUACGAGUCGCAGAUCGCGGCCCUCAACAAACAGCUGGCACAAGAUAUCGAGGGUCGUCAGAGCACCCGAGACAGCAAUGCUAGCGUCGUGUUCGAGAGUGCCCUUGCCGCCAGCCGAGCCAAGCAGGCGGAGAUGCAGAAACAGUUCAGCAUGCUGAUGAGAAAGUACACUCUUCUCCAGUCUUCCCUUUUGGAUAUGCAAGUUGGCCCAAAUGCCGAUGUCACCCGAAUUGCCGAGAGCUCGGGGGUGACUAGGGGCAGACCCCACCGCGGGUUCUCUGAUCCUGAGGCGUUCGAAGCGGCGUCGUACAGAGCGACACCGCCGCUCGAGCCAGUAUCGACCUCAGCAGGUGCUGGGGUUGCCUUCCUCGGGCCGUCGACUCCGCCAACUUCCGGACCCUCUGAUCCAAUCCCUGCUGCCCGGACGAGCCCUCAGAGUGAGAGAUACCAUGGCAGAGGAGGCGCUCAGAAUGCGGCCCGCAAGGACCGUAAAGACGGAAGCAAGAAAGAAGAGAAACCGGACAAGAAGGACAAGAAACCGGGCGGCAUCCGGGGACUCAGGGGUUUUGUAUGAUAUGGGGGAUGUAUAUCUCGAGAUACAAAGAGUACGGGGAGGUAACCGGGGGGCAGUUACCUACCCGUACUCUUUUGUGGCUUUAUUUAUCUACCUACCUAUGGUGGGUAGUAGGGAGUUGGGGACUAUCAUCGGGGAAGGAUGGGCUACCCCGCUUCGUCUUUUUCAGACGAAGAAAACAGAAAACAAAAUGCUGGAGUAACCAGGUAUUGUGGCUUCCUUAAGACGGUCCAAUAUGGUGUGGCUUUCCUAUGCCAACCAAGGAGCCUACGGGAGGGUUGGAAAAACAGGAGGGGUUCGUCCUGGACCGGGUAUUGUCGCUGGUUGAUCGACAGAUCCUUGUUAGUUGCCUGUCGGGCCCAGCCACAAGAUAAAGUACCCCUGUCAGACCUCGCGUUUCUCGGCCCCGCUCUUCGCCCAAUCAGUUUGGUUGGUGAUGUUGCCCAC